CAUCUGUAUCAAAAAUAAGCCUUAUUGAUCUUCAUACAACAAUAGCUCUCCUCUCUCCGCAGCAACGGGACUCAACAGUUUCUGUUCGAUUUCGAGGGGGCGGAAUCCAACAGAUUGUUCUACCAGCUCGGGGCUCUCUCCCUGGAGUUAGUUGAACUAGAAUGGCCACUGCCGAGGCAUCGCCUAGUACACUUGGGCCCAGAUAUGCUCCGGAUGAUCCAACUUUACCUGAACCUUGGAAAGGGUUGAUUGAUGGAAGUACGGGUCUUUUAUAUUACUGGAAUCCUGAGACAAAUGUUACUCAGUACGAAAAACCCACGGCUCUGCCACCUCCUUUACCACUUGGGCCACCUCCUAAGAUGAAUCCUAUCCCAGGUGCUAGAGCGUUGCAGCCGGUGAAUGUUCAAACCCCUCAAAGUCAGCAGAGUAUACAGGCACAACCUUCACAUGGGCAGAUCUCGAGCUCGUCUUUGCAGCCACAGGUGGCAUCACAGACACCCCCUGGGCAGCUGCAGGGGUCUCAUUUGGGGCCUGGAAUGCAACAUGGCCAAUUAGCUCCAGAACAAGUCAGACCUCAAAUGCCGCAACAAUCUGGUCACCAACUGCCAUCUCAGAUGGGGCAAAUGCCUAUGCAGUCAGGGCAACAUGGGCAUCCGCAGUCAAUGCACCCAAUGUCAAUGCAACAGGGGCAUCAAGCUCCUUAUCCUUAUAUGCAGCCAAUGACGCAUGCUCAGCAGGGACAAAUGUACCCUGGUGCACAGAUGGGACCUCCACAUGGUUUCCAGUUCACAAAUCAGCAUCCACAAUAUACAAUGCAUCAACAGAAGAUGCCCUCACAAGGGCCACCAAGUUCCUCGGAACAUUCUCAGCAUCUAAUUCAGGGGCAACAGUUGCCACAGAGACAAGACCAAAAGAUUGAACCUGGCCAGAGAGAUGAUACUGAUUCUCAGCAGGGAAGACAGCCUGGGUUUUCUCCAGCACACCAGCAAUUUAUGCAGGGGCAACAAUUUCCUCAUCUCCGAGAGCAGAAAGCUGGAAUUCCUCCUAGAGAUGAUGUUGAGAAUCCGCAAGUAAACCAGGCUGGGUUUUCACCAGCUCAGAACUUGCCUCAGAAGAUGAGCAUGCAAGCAAACCAAAAUACACAGUAUGGUGGAUCACUUGUUAACGUGCAACCAAACAACCCAUCAGUGCAUUUGCAGCAGACAGGGACAGAGUUGGCACACCCACAACAUGUUUCUGGGUUUCAAAAUCAUAUUGGCUCAGGUCCAAUGCAUGGCCAGCAGCAGAACCAGCUGCCUGUUGGGUCUAAUAUACCUUAUGAAGAAAACCAAUUCGGAAGGCCUAAGAAUCCGUAUCUUUACAACACCCCCAAAGAUCUCAAUGUUCUACCUAAUCAACCGCCAUUACCCCUGUCAAGAAACCAGCAGGACCCUAGAAUUGGAGAUUUCCCUUCUCCAAAUGUUGCACCAAAUCUUCCAGGGAGAUUGAAUGUCCGGGGCCCACCUUUGCCUGGUGGCUUUGGUCAUUCCCCAGGUGGCCAUCAAUUUCCAAACACUGCUAUUGUGAGGCCUCCUGUAGCUAUGAUGGGACCUUCAGAUUCUAUUCAUUUAUCAGCUGCAGAUAUUUACCGACAAAAGCAUGAAGUGACAGCCUCGGGCGAAAAUGUUCCUCCUCCAUUUAUGACAUUUGAGGCUGCUGGUUUGCCACCGGAGCUACUGCAGGAAAUGCAUGCUGCUGGUUUUGCUGCUCCUACACCGAUUCAGGCACAAUCAUGGCCUAUUGCUGAACAGAGCAGAGACAUAGUUGCUAUUGCAAAGACAGGUUCUGGGAAAACACUGGGAUAUUUGAUCCCUGCAUUCUUUCACCUUAGGAAACUACGUAACAACCCUCAGAAUGGCCCAACUGUGUUGGUCUUGGCUCCAACACGGGAGCUUGCCACUCAAAUCCAGGAUGAAGCAAUUAAAUUUGGCCGAUCAUCUAGAGUAUCUUGCACGUGUUUGUAUGGUGGUGCUUCAAAAGGCGCACAAUUGAAAGAGCUAGACCGGGGAGCAGAUAUUGUUGUGGCAACUCCUGGCCGACUCAAUGAUAUCCUUGAAAUGAAGAGGAUUGACUUUAGGCAGGUCUCCCUCCUUGUUCUGGAUGAGGCUGAUAGAAUGUUGGACAUGGGAUUUGAGCCGCAAAUUCGCAAGAUUGUCAAUGAGAUUCCACCUAGGAGGCAAACUCUCAUGUACACUGCAACAUGGCCAAAAGAAGUUCGAAAAAUAGCAAGUGACCUUCUUGUGAAUCCUGUUCAGGUUAAUAUUGGCAGUGUUGACGAACUUGCUGCAAAUAAGUCCAUUACACAGCAUGUUGAACUAGUUCCUGAUAUGGACAAACAGAGACGCUUGGAGCAAAUUCUUAGAUCCCAAGAACCUGGCUCCAAAAUCAUUAUAUUCUGUUCCACUAAAAAGUUGUGUGACCAUCUUGCACGUAGUCUUGGGCGUAAUUUUGGUGCUGCUGCAAUUCAUGGAGACAAAUCUCAAGGAGAGAGAGAUUGGGUUUUGAAUCAGUUCCGGAAUGGGCGGUCUCCAAUUCUUGUUGCUACUGAUGUUGCAGCGCGAGGGCUUGAUAUAAGAGAUAUAAGGGUUGUGAUCAAUUAUGACUUCCCUACUGGUGUUGAAGACUAUGUUCAUCGCAUUGGACGAACGGGGAGAGCUGGUGCUACAGGAAUCUCCUUUACAUUCUUCUCAGAGCAGGACUGGAAACAUGCUCCUGAUCUUGUCAAAGUUUUGGAGGGGGCCAACCAAGCGGUGCCUCCUGAAAUAAGGGACAUAGCAUUACGAGGUGGGCCUGGUUUUGGCAAGGAUCGUGGCAUGAUGAAUCGUUUUGAGCCUUCUGAUGGUGGUGGUGGGCGUUGGGAUUCUGGUGGUCGUGGUGGUCGUGGCGGGAUGAGAGAUGGUGGAUUUGGUGGACGCGGAGGGAUGAGGGAUGGUGGUUUUGGUGGAUGGGGUGGAAUGAGAGAUGGUGGGUUUGGAGGACGUGGAGGGAUGAGAGAGAGUGGCCUUGGAGGGCGUGGAGGGAUAGGUAUGAGGGAUGGAAAUUUUGGUGGUCGUGGUGGUGGGAGGGAUGACAGCUUUGGCGGUGCUUCAGGUCCUCGGGGUGGUUGGGACAGAGGUGGCCGUGGUGGACAUGAUCGUCUCAAUAACUUUGAUGGACGAGGACGUGGUGCUAGAGGGCGGGGGCGAGGAAGAUUUGAUAGCAACAGAAGAGAUGGCAACUCAGACAGAAGUAAAGGUAGGAGUUUUAGCCGCAGUCCUGAUAGAGUUCGAACAUGGGAUGUUAGUCGGAGCUCAAGUAGAAGUAGAAGUAGAAGCAGAAGCAGAAGCAGAAGCAGAAGCCGGGGCAGGAGCCGGAGUUAUAGCAGAAGUCGUAGCCGGAGCAGAAGCUGGUCACGUAGCCGUAGUCCUAGGAGCAGCCGCAGCCGCAGUCGCAGCCCAAGAUACAACCGAAGCCGGAGUCGAAGCUAUGAGAGAUACGAGAGAAAGCCAAGGAAAUCCAAGUUUGAUCAGAUGGAACCAGAUGCUGGAAUUGGAACGCUGCCAAUUGCUCCUGUUGCAUCGCAGCAAGUUCCAGCCGUUGCAGCUGGUGAUCUCAGCCUCCCCGCUGGGGCAACCGUGCCGAGCAACCCGCAUUCGGAGCUGUAGAGGUGGGUAUAUGGCGAUUGUGAGUUCAACAAGUCUCUUUGAAGUUGAUCCCAAGAAGUUGUGGAUGGAAGAAAUUUUGGGGUUUGGCUCAAUUUCGUGCUUUACCAUUCACGCGGGAGAUAUGAUAUGAGAAUUAACGCGUUGUAGCAUUUUAUUUUUUAAUAUUUUAAAUCUGGUGAUAUAUUCUAUGGUAUAAUAUAUAUACCUCCCCUAGAAUUUUCAGCCUAUCUAUUUACUUCAUGCAUUUAUUUGUAAGAACUGUCGAGGUCUUCAAAAAAUUUACAGACGCUGAUGAUGGCAAUGCUCAUUUUUGUUUCUUGGUUU